AUGAAUGGGUCCAAACGCGUCAGAUAUGGAGACGUGGAAGGCUUUCUGGACGACCUGCCUCCUUCCACGAACAGGUAUACCUACGAAGGGAAAGAAAAAUUUGAGGAAAUCGCAAGACUUGAAUAUCACCGCCUAGAACACUCGUUACGCAAUCCCCAGUCUGAACCAUUGGAUAACUCCGACAUAUCAGAAUACUUUGUUAUAAUCAUCGACCCGGCCUCAUUCCGGAGAGACUUUUCCCUUAAGCUAAAUGUCGGAGUACGUCAAUUCUAUAACUCGACACUUCAAGUCUUGAUUUUGAGAAUGACUUUGCCCGAGCAUUCUGAGGUUGCCGGGAUAUUUCACGAUGCGGUUAUGGAAGCUUUGCGGCCUAUGGGGCUCAAUAAAGCAGCAAUCCACAGAUAUGGAGGUGCAAGCAUCAAUGUCGGCGGUGGAAACACGAAACAGCCGGAUUGGGGUUGGGGCCCCAGGCGGCGUCCUCGUGGUGUUGCGAACCGGCCAUCGGUAGUCCUGGAGGCUAGCCUUUCAGGCCCUGAAGCAAAAUUGCGCAACGACGCAAUGAUGUGGGUAGAUCCUACCAGAGGGGAAGCAAGCAUGGCCAUCACGAUCAAAGUCAACCGCCAGAAGCCCAUGAUCACAAUCCAGACGUGGGAAUGGGAUUCCGAUUCCCAGCGGCCUCAUGUCACGCAGUCCUGUGUGAUAGAGAAGACUGGCGACAAUAUCACCGUCUCGAAGCACGCUCUAACCAUCCCAUUCAACCUGCUCCUAGGACGACCUCCUUCCAUUCCUCGAGAGACUGAUAUCCGAUUACAAAAACAGGAUCUGGUAGAAAUUGGAACUGGGGUAUGGGAUAUGCAAGGGCUGUGA